UUGCCGCGGUGCCGGAGAGCGGCGCCCGCCCGCCUUACUGGGUGAAUGCUGCCUUGGCGGGUCCGCGAUUCCAGUUCAUCUUUCUGACCUUCGCCGGGCGCCCGGAAGUUCCAAGCGGCUCCUCUGCCAGAGUCUCUGGGUUUGCGAAGGCGGCGGCAGCGCCAUUAGCCGAUACGUGAUUUGGAGUGGUCCUUCCUCCGUGAGGGCGGGAGUACCAAAGCGCCUCCCCUUCUGCGUCCAAUGAAAUAGAAUCAUAUGUAUGACAAGGAAAAAUGAAUACCUCAAUGAAUGUGGAGCCUGAUGCACUCACCGUAGUAAACCAGCUGAGAGAUUUGGCAGCUGAUCCUCUGAAUAGAAGAGCAAUUGUCCAGGACCAGGGAUGUCUACCAGGCCUUAUAUUAUUUUUGGAUCAUCCCAACCCACCAGUUGUCCAUUCAGCAUUACUUGCUCUACGUUAUUUGGCGGAAUGUCGGGCCAAUAGAGAAAAGAUGAAAAGUGAACUGGGAAUGAUGCUGAGUUUACAGACUGUUGUACAGAAGACCACAACACCUGGGGAAACAAAACUAUUAGCUUCAGAAAUUUAUGAUAUUCUUCAGUCUUCCAAUAUGUCUGACAUGGACAAUGUGAAUGAGAUGAAUUCUCGACGUCGAAAAGCUCAGUUUUUUCUUGGAAGUACAAAUAAACGUGCUAAAACAGUAGUUUUACACAUAGACGGCCUUGAUGAUUCGUCACGGAGAAACCUAUGCGAAGAAGCCUUACUUAAAAUAAAAGGGGUCAUCAGCUUUACGUUUCAAAUGGCAAUUCAAAGAUGUGUUGUCAGAAUCAGAUCAGAUUUAAAAGCAGAGGCACUGGCCACAGCGAUAGCAUCAACCAAAGUUAUGAAAGCCCAGCAAGUUGUAAAAAGUGAAACUGGAGAAGAGAUGUUGGUUCCUUUCCAAGAUACUCCAGUAGAAGUGGAGCAAAAUACUGACCUCCCUGAAUACUUGCCAGAAGAUGAAAGUCCUUCAAAGGAACAAGACAAAGCCGUGUCCCGUGUUGGGUCACACCCAGAAGGGGCAGCCAGUUGGCUGAGCACAGCUGCAAAUUUUCUUUCCAGAUCUUUCUAUUGGUGACUUUGAAUCAAGGCUAAAGGACUGUGCCAACCAACAGGGGGUAGUUUUUCCAUUAUUUUGGCGAACUGCCGAGUGCAAUUUGCAAUAAGUUAUCGUAACAAUUUUUUAGACUACACAAAAUAUAUACUGUGUUUUACAUUUUAUUGAACAUUUUGGCCUUUUGAGCAAUCAGAAGAUGGAAGCCUCAGAUCAACGUUUGUUCAUUCCCUCUCUCCCCCCUUUAUGUUUUGUUGCCUCACUUUUUAAUGUGGGUCCAUGAUCAACCAAACAUUUUUGAAUUUAUGAAGCUUUACGUUAACAUUCAUGAUAAAUAGAUGCAGAGCCCGCUCAACACAAAUGUCAGGACAUACGUGCAAAGAAAUUGUUAACUCUGAUUUUAAAAAAAUGAAAUGCCUUUUUUUCUUUUCAGCCUUAUUUCAGAUUAUAUAUUUCAAUUAGAUGGCUCUAGAAGGAAAAAAGGCAGAUUUGUUCACCUUUUUUCAGAGCCAGUGUGUCAUGCUCUAUUUGUAAGAAGACUUGAACUUUAAACUUGGGGAUUUGUUUUUUUUAAAAUUGUCAGUCCAUAACCACUUUCAAUACGAAUGUUUUAGUAAAAAGAAGUUAAGACAGAAAUACAUUAUAAAUAAUCUAAAAAUGCUUCUGACGAAGGCUUUGACUUUCCAAGUAUGACAAGAAACUAUUGAUUGGAAUGUAGGUCAUUACUUUUCACAAACUUCAAUUUGUUGCCAUGAUACUUUGUCUGUAGUAGGAAGUGUGGUGACUGAAUAGAAAACAAACUUUGAGUGAGAGCUGAAAAUUUAAGAUUAUGGAAAAGGGAUAAGAAACAGGAUGUUGAAUAUGCCAUUGUGCCCCUACAUUUUAAACAUUUUGGCUUGAUGAAAACCAUAUAUUAUUCCUAUUGCCUUUUAAAGAAGCUGCUGUCCUGUGUCAGUAGGGCUGAUAUUUGGAGCUGUAUGAUGGUUUAUGUCAUGUCAGAGCCAGGAGCAGGGCAAAACUAGUGCCUGAUAGCUAGGGUUGAGGGACAUCUUUGAAAAUAUGAAGAAUCCCUAAAAGUGCAUUGUAGCUAGUCUGUUAAAAUCCCAUACUCUGAGAGCAUCAUCUUGUAUCGUAGCUCAUUAAAGAAGUUCUAAAGUGCUUGGAUCUUGUCUUUUAGUUCCCAAUAAUGAUAAAACAGGUGCUGUUUCAGUAGGCAAGAUGUUGAGAACAGCAAUUAGAUUAUUGAAAUUUUGGCUGAGAUUUUUGUCAGUUUGUUAGAACAACUGCUACUUUGCACCACAGGAGUAUAGCUGAGAAAUUGCAGUGCUGUUCAAAAUUAAGUCCUUUGCAAAUCAUUUUGUGCUACAGUUGUUAAAAUAUGGACUUUUUUUUUUGAGGCAAAGUUUUAUCCUUUGGAAGACCAUAUAUUUCUUGCACAAUCGCAGCAAUUAAGUAGCAUCAUGAAAUUCUUAUAUAAAUGAAAAUAAUGUGCAAGAGAAAAGGAAUAUUCCAAAAAUAAUUUAAAAUGCACCUGAAUGCAGUGUCCUUUUAAGAUGAAGAACUUUCUUUCAGAUUAUUUUCUGUUUUAUUAUAUCUAGUUUAUUUGGUUAAAGUUUACACACACAGAAUACAGGCUUUCUAAGGCAUGUAUUAUAAUCAAUAUGUAUUACAAAGCAUAUUGCUGUCUAGAAUGUUACAAUACCAAAUGUGUUUGCAAAGAUCUCUGCUGUGUAACCAUGGAUGCAAUGUUUACUUUUCAUUUUAACAUCUUUUCUCUACAUUUUGCAUUGCCGCACACCUUCUUUACUACAUGACACAUCUUUUUGAAUAUUAGUGAUUCUAUACUAGUAAAUAUUAAAAUGUGUAUUUGGUUUGUAGGUAUGCUUUUUUUGGUCAGUAUUGCAGCUGUCCCAGUUAAUGUAUCUGUAAAACAGAUUUUGAAAAACUGUAAAAUAAAAGUGUAAUAUAAUGAACUGGCAUCCUUCUAUUCUUAUAAGGAUUUUUGAAGCAUGAAGUUCAGAAUUCAUAAGAUGAUGUUUGAAUCGGCAGAGGAGGAUUUUUUGUAGGUGCAGUUACAUUGUGAAUGUACACUGGUUACUCA